GUUUCAGGUAACACUACCCCUAUGAUAUAUAAAGGGUACGAGAGAGCUCUUUACCUAUUUGUCGCCUUCAUUCCACUUUUCUUAUGCACUCCAGAGGAUAAUGAAUGCUCUCUAAUGGCGAUACUCAGUGGUCGGCGGAACGAGACUGAAUCAUGCAAUAUACUCUCACUCUUGCGUCAAAGGGUUGCCAUAAUAACGACAGAAAAGUUCGGCAUGAAAGCUCUGCGAUCGUGGCCGAAGCUGCGGAACAAAACGAGCUCACUGUUGAAAACCUGCCCAGGACCAGGCGCCGUAUGCCGAGUGAACGGUAAACGAACAUGCAUCUGUCCACCGUCAUACGUCUGUGAUGCAGUCAAGCAAUCUACUAUGCUAUAUUCAUGUGAAAAGCUGAAAUAUUUUGUUCAGUUACGAGGAUAA